ACCGAUCGAUGAACCAUUUGUUCGUCACUAUAUUACAAACCCGUCCAGGUUCAGUGAAUAAUAUUUAUGGUCCUUCUUCUUCCCCUCUCUUAACCAGUCCAAGCAUCACUCAGAACAGAACCAUCCACCCCAACUUGAAGCAGAAGCCAUGGGAGAGGUAGACCCAGCUUUCAUUCAAGCACCAGAACACAGGCCUAAUCUCUCCCUCGUCGCCGAAACUCAAGGCAUUCCCGUCAUCGACCUGUCUUCAAUCCAUCGGCACUUGCAAAACGACACCGUUUCAGACCCGCCCGCCAUUGAAGGCGUCGUGAAAGAGAUCGGCAGAGCAUGCAGGGAGUGGGGAUUCUUCCAAGUCACCAAUCAUGGGGUUCCUCUGAAUCUCAGACACAGAAUCGAGGACGUUUCGAGAAAGUUUUUUUCGCAGAGUUUGGAGGAGAAGAGGAAGGUGGCCAGAGACCACACAAGUUUGCCUGGUUAUUACGAUUCAGAGCACACCAAAAAUGUCAGAGACUGGAAGGAGGGUAUUGAUUUUCUGGCUAAAGAACCAACCCUGGUCCCUAUUUCCGGUGAUGAAGACGAUGAUCGAACUACUCAGUGGACUAAUCGGUACCCUCAAUCCCCUCCGGACCUAAGAGAAACAGUUGUAGAGUAUGUGGAUGAGAUGGAAAAGCUAGCGUUUAAGUUGUUGGAGCUGAUAGCUCUGAGCUUGGGGUUGGAAACAAAGAAGUUUCAUGGCUAUUACCUGAAAGAUCAGAGCAGCUUUAUUCGAUUCAAUCACUAUCCUCCAUGCCCUUCCCCUGACCUGGCUCUUGGAGUUGGACGACACAAGGAUCCUGGUGCCCUAACCAUUCUCGCUCCAGAUGAAGUUGAAGGGUUGGAAGUAAGACGCAAAUCAGAUCAACAAUGGAUCAGGGUCAAACACAUCCCACAAGCUUUUAUCAUCAACAUUGGCGAUGUCUUUCAGGUUUGGAGCAAUGAUGAGUACGAGAGUGUGGAGCACAGGGUGAUUGUGAACACUGAGAAGGAAAGGUUUUCGAUUCCCUUCUUCUUCAACCCUGCGCAUUACACCAUAGUUGAGCCAAUGAAGGAGCUGAUUAACGAACAAAACCCUCCAAAAUACAAGCCCUAUAAUUUUGGCAAGUAUCUUGUGAACAGAAAGGACAGCAAUUUCCAGAAACGGGACGGGGAAAACCUUCAAAUUUCCCAUUUCAGGCUGCCUUCAAUAUAAUAUCAUGCCAGUAGGCUUCUCUAUGGCUUGACCAAUAAUGUGAGACCAAGUGAGUGCAUUUUCUUUUCUUUCUUUUUUUCUUUAAAAAAAAAUUGCGCUUAUUUGUAUGUGUUAUAUGGGGAAUGUAAAUUGGACUAAAUAAAAACGUCCAAGAAUAAUACAGUUUGUAAUGUUUCUUGCCAUAAAUUUAAAUUGUGUUUAAAAGAAGAAGAAGAAGAAGAAGAACUUGAUCCUUUA